AUGUCUAACUAUCAAGAAAUAGUUACUUUAAAUGUUGGCGGCACAAGAUUUUCUACUUCAUGGCAUACUUUAACCUGGGUACCUGACACAUUCUUCACUGCUUUACUCAGUGGACGGAUACCCACAGUCAGAGAUGAAACCGGCGCAAUAUUUAUAGAUAGAGACCCACAACUAUUUGGUCUAAUACUUAACUUUCUUAGAACCAGAGACAUAGAUUUAAACAAUGUGAAUAUAAGAUCUCUUAGACAUGAGUGUGAUUAUUUUGGUAUAACUCCUCUUAGCAGGAGACUUGCACUAUGUGAUGAGAUGAAUCAUUCUUCAUGUGGUGAUGUACUUUUCUAUGGAUAUUUGCCACCACCAUUGAGUACUGCCCUACCUAGCAACAGUAAUGGACGAUCUGGCAAUAGUUGUUCAAGAAAAAAUUCUACUGCUUCAAGUUCAGAGGUUUCUAGCAACCGAACACAUUCAAGGAAUUCUUCAUUGGAUCUACGCACUGUUGGAAGAAUACCCUCACAGGAUCAAUUAAGUCGUUGUGGCAGAGGACAUUCAAGGGCAGCUUCCCUAGGCAAUGCAGACUGUCAGAAAGGACUGAGACCACCUGAGAUUACUACAUGGUCUGAUAAUAUGAAGGUACAAAUAAUAAAGGCACAUCACAACUGGAUUGCUGUAGCAUAUUCCCAUUUCGUAACAGGAUAUAGAUUGACAGACUCAUGUGGUUGGUAUGUCGUAUUCCAAUCGCCAGUACAAGACUCUGUAAUCGAGAGGAUAGCAUUAAACGCUAAGACUGGCGGUAGCAGCGCAAACGCUAGUGGUAACAACGCUACUGGCACUGAUGUAAUGUUGGGGGUCGCAAGUGGUCCUUUAGUUCGAUUGUGGGCUUUCUCAACUCAUGGAGAACCUGUGAGAAGAACGUUGAUUGGCACAUUCAAUCUGGGAGUGCGUGUGGAACACCUAUUGUUUGUGGGCCCACAAUUAGUCGCUCUAAGUGGAGCCGGCAGUCGUAGCAAGGCCGGUGUUUGGCAUACAAGCACCCAACAUUGGCAGACUCAAGACGUGGCCCAUCUCACUACAUACGACACUGCUGGCUCGUUCCUACUGCUGGGCACUGCUACGGGGGCCAUCAAUUAUAUAGAUAUGCAAAAGUUUCCACUCCGCAUGAAGGACAACGACUUACUUGUCACGCAAUUGUACAAGGAUCCGAACCAAGAACCAAUCACGGCCAUAUCUGUAUAUUUAACACCGAAGACCAAUCUAUGCGGCAACUGGAUAGAGAUAGCGUACGGCACCCGGUACGGUUCCGUACGCGUAAUCGUGCAGCACCCGGAGACUGUAGGGCACGGACCGCAGCUGUUCCAGACGUUUACUGUCCACCAGAGCCCUAUCACGAAGGUGUCUUUAUCGGAGAACUACCUAAUAUCCGUGUGCAGCGAAUAUAACCAUGUGCGUUCGUGGCGUGUGACUCGGUUCAGAGGAAUGAUCUCCACUCAACCUGGGACCACGCCUAAGGCCGCAUUCAAAGUAUUGGCCUUGGAAGCACCUACUGCUCAGCCUCAUAAUGAUUGCGGUCCUUAUGGCGAACAAGAUGAGGAACAAAUAUUCAUACAAAAAGUUGUGCCCGACACAGAUACGCUUUACGUGCGCUUAGCAUCUAAUGGAAAGAGGGUGUGCACAAUCCGUUCAGUGGACGGAUCGGCAGUUUCCUGUUUCGUAGUGGCUGAAUGCGAGGGUGCCCUUCGCCCGCGUCGCCUUUUACUUUGUGGCCAUAGGUCCGGGGCUACGCAGAUGUGGGACCUCACCGCACCCAUAGACAAGGCAGCUAAACCGGCGCAGGCGGUCGCGAAUGGAGCUGAAGGCGAUGACUCCCCAGUAGCCGACGGCGGGCCGACACCAGACGAAUUAGUUCGACUACUAUCGGCGUGCGAUCUCGACGCAUCGCCCGUGCCUGUGCUUCCACAAUCCCCAAAUAGGCCAAUACAAGCGCCAUGA